CCUAUAUAAAUUUGUUUAACAUCAACGAACAUAAUUUAUUUAAAGCUUCGUGUUAUAACAAUCAAUUAUAUCAUCACCGUGAUAUGCUAGCUACCCGAAUCAAUAGAGAUCAACUCGUUUCAUUGACACAAUCAGUUAUGAUGAAUGAUAUUGACCCUGAAUCAUUAACAAAAGAUAACCAAAAAUCCCAGGAAUCACUUAUUUCUAUAUAUGAUUUGGAUCAUCUUCCCAGUAAACGCCAAAUAUGGGAAGAAUCUGAACACCAAAAUAUCUCUACUUUUCAAAAAUCUCCAAAGAAUAAUUUUUAUAACGAUGCUUUACAUAUCCUUAAAAAUACAUCUCCAAAUCCCCAGUCUAGCGAUUUUUAUAACCAAUUAACGGAAUCACUUAAAACUGGAUAUGAUAAAUCGAAGUCCGAAUUAAGGCACAUCAUAAUUGACGGAAGUAACGUCGCUAUGAAUCACGGCAACAAAAGAGUAUUCUCAUGUAAAGGUAUCGAGAUAUGCGUAAAUUGGUUUACUUGCAGGGGUCAUAAAGACGUUACUGUAUUUGUUCCUCAGUGGAGGACAGAAGUUUCUAAAGAUGAGACCUCGAUACGAAAUCAGGAGAUAUUGUAUCGAUUAGAAAAUGAGAAAAAAUUAGUCUUCACUCCAUCCCGAAAAGUGUUAGUCUUUGACGAUGUGAAUUCUGAAUCAAACUUCUCGGAAGAUAUGCCAGAGCCAGAUGAUUGCAAAAAGUCGAAUACUAAGCCCAAAUACAAAAGAAUCAUUUGUUACGAUGAUAGAUACAUUAUCAAGUUUGCCCUUGAAAUGGACGGCAUAAUAGUCUCCAAUGAUAACUAUAGAGAUCUAGCUAUGGAAUCGCCAUGUUUUGCAAGGGUCAUCGAAAAAAGGCUCCUCAUGUACACCUUCAUCAAUGACAAAUUUAUGCCUCCGGAUGAUCCAUUGGGUAGAAAUGGACCCAACAUAGAUGACUUUUUGUGCAAUCUUACAUCAACCCCAUUGUCUCCUAAUUUACAACAAAGUCAAGAAAAAAAAGAUAUAGUUUUACCUGUUUGCCCAUAUGGUCCCAAAUGUACUUACGGUAGCAAAUGUAAAUUCGAUCAUCCAGAGAAAAAAAGCAAAUCUCGUAAACAGGUUACCGAAAAGCAAGCCGUUCAAGCUAUGAAAGAAAUGGAAAAAUUUUUACUAAAAGAAAAAAUAGGCAAAAAAGCUCUCUGCAGGACUUUCUCGCUUCAAACUUCACCAGCCUUAUUUAAUAAUGACCAGUGUAACAAGCAAAACCUAUGUUUUAACCAAACAACUAACAACCAUUUAAAAGUUACUUCCCAUCAGCAAACACUUUCUUUGGUUGACUCCAAAAAAGGUCCUUCAUUCGAGCACUUCAAAUUUAGACACAACAAUAGUCUAAAGCAAACGGGAAAUAAAAUAAUGAACGAAUACCCCGAUAAAUUCGCCGUCUCACCAAGCUCUUCUAUUGAUAACAAAGUGAAACUUCAAUCCAAAUACAGUUUACCCAAUUACAAUCAAAACGUUAUUCAAAGCGAUAAAUUAAUUUUUAAUUCACCAUUCAACACAAUUUAUAACACAUAUCUACACGGAACCAAUAAGAGAUAUUUAGGCAAAACUGCAAGCGAUCCCUUUUCCAGCUUAAAUCGCCAACUCAAACCUAAUACUGAUUUGUUUUCACAGUAUGGUGACUCUCCUUCUCACACCAAUAUCAGUUACAAAUUUCCUUACAACGUUUCUCUACAUCCGCCUAGUACUAUAUUCUACCAAUCCAAUACCCCAGUCUUGCCACCCUCACCAUACGAUACUUGUUUAUCCCAUGCACCCGAUGAUUUUUCAGCACUCUCACAACAUUUAUCGUCCCUUAAUAUCUCGACUUCUUCACAUUUUUUUCCGCAAACAAUGAAAGUCACUGCUCAUCAAACAUUUCAACCCCUUUGCUCUAACGCAAAUUACGAUUUAGUUUCUCUCCAAUCCGCCCAAAAUGCUUUUGGUGGUGAUAAUCCUGAACCCUUAUUAAAAUCUCUUACCCAAAAUGACAAAUCCCCAAUAUCUUCCUUACCACUGAAUAUAUUGGGUUUUUUACACAGCUACGAAAAUCAAUGUGACCUAAAUUUCCAAAAAACGAAUCUGCUUAAUCAAUCCCACACCAGUCCUACCUCAAAUUACAAUAAUUCCAAGGUAACCGAUCAUUACAUUAAUUUAGAAGCUAAUAAUGGACCCACAACGAACAAUAAUUACGAUGGCCUGAACAGGAUCUUUAAUAAUAAUUUCGAAGCAAUCGAUAAAAAGCAUGAGUUGUAUUAUCACCUAUCUUCACUAUUUCCCGAACAUCAAGUUCGAUAUGUCAUGAAGCUUUACCCUGAGCUUACUGAUGCUAAAAUUUUGUGUUCCAUUUUGUUAAAGAUGUGAAGCAAUGAUUUCGACAGUAUUUACUUCUAAAAAAAAAUUAUUUCCUAUAUAAUAUUAAGUAAAAAUAUUAUAAAAUAUUUGUAAAGGGAUACGCAAAAUUCUGAAUCUUAAAUCAGUUAGAUUUCAAGAUUCUAUAUACAAAAAUAUAUCUAGUCUAUAAUUUAAAAUGUAUAAAAUUUAUUUUCAUGAGAAGUAAUCUUUAUUUGUUUGUAUAAAAAUUCGAC